GUCUCUGCCCUACUGCACUCAAGUACUAUGGUCGUAGCUGGCAUUUUUUUACUUAUUCGACUCAGCCCUAUAAUAGAAAAUAACAGCACUGCCCUUACUAUCUGCCUUUGUUUAGGAGCCCUAACUACUCUUUUUACUGCCACAUGUGCUCUAACCCAAAAUGAUAUUAAAAAAAUUGUAGCAUUCUCCACCUCUAGCCAACUAGGUUUGAUAAUAGUCACCAUUGGCUUAAAUCAACCACAGUUAGCCUUUUUACACAUUUGUACCCACGCCUUCUUUAAGGCGAUAUUAUUUUUAUGCUCUGGGUCUAUCAUUCACAGCCUAAACGAUGAACAAGAUAUCCGUAAAAUAGGCGGUAUACACCAUCUGGCCCCUUUCACCUCAUCUUGUUUAACCAUCGGCAGCCUCGCUCUAACCGACCCCUUCCUAGCAGGAUUUUUUUCUAAAGAUGCUAUUAUUGAAGCACUUAAUUCAUCAUAUCUAAACGCCUGAGCCCUAAUCCUAACCCUUCUCGCUACGUCUUUUACUGCCAUCUACAGCCUCCGAGUAGUUUAUUUUGUCACCAUACAUCACCCCCGAUUUAAUGCUUUCUCCCCCAUUAAUGAAAACAACACAGCAGUAAUUAAUCCUAUUAAGCGGCUAGCUUGAGGAAGUUUAAUUGCGGGCCUAUUAAUUACAUCAAAUCUCCUCCCUUUAAACACCCCUGUUAUAACUAUACACCCUCUGCUUAAACUAGCUGCUCUACUCGUAACCGUAUUAGGAUUAAUUACCGCACUAGAACUUGCUUCCCUGACAUCAAAACAAUUUAAAGUAUAUCCUCAACAAACCUUUCACCAUUUCUCCAAUAUACUAGGGUUUUAUCCCCAUAUUAUUCAUCGUUUCAUACCUAAGAUGAAUUUAAUACUUGGCCAGGCUAUCGCCACUCAGACUGUUGAUCAAACCUGAUUAGAAAAAACAGGCCCUAAGGCUAUUUGUUCCCUUAAUAUUCCUAUAGCCUCAACCGUAAGUAACGUUCAACAAGGCUCAGUUAAAGUUUACCUAUCCCUUUUCUUCUUUACAACUAUCCUAGCUUUGGUUAUUUUAUUGAUUUAGACCGCACGAAGCGUGCCUCGACUUAUUCCGCGGGUUAAUUCAAGAACAACAAAUAAUGUUACUAAAAGAACUCAAACACCUAUCGCUAAUAUAAAACCUCCUGACGAAUAUAAUGUGGCCACACCCUCUAUGUCCCCUCGUACAAAAUAAAACUCUCCAAACUCAUCACAAACUAUUCAACUUUCGUCAUAUAUACUACUGCUAAAUAAUGUUCCUACACUUACCACCCCUAAUAAAUAUCCCAACAUGAGCCCUAAUACUGGCCAGCUCCCUCACCCCUCCGGAUAGGGCUCAGCCGCCAAAGCGGCUGAGUAUGCAAACACAACUAACAUACCUCCUAAGUAAAUCAGAAAUAAAAUUAAUGAUAAGAAGCUUCCCCCAUGUCAAAUUAAUACACCACAACCAAUACCUGCUACUACAACUAGACCUAAUGCUGCAAAGUAAGGGGAAGGAUUAGAUGCGACUGCCGCCAACCCUAAUACAAGACCAAAUAAUAAAAAAUACAUUAUGUACAUCAUAGUUCUCACCAGGACUUUCACCAGGACUAAUGGAUUGAAAAACCACCGUUGUAUUCAACUACAAGAACCUUAUGGCAAAUCUUCGAAAAACCCACCCCCUCCUAAAAAUUGCAAACGAUGCCCUAGUAGACCUACCAGCCCCUGUAAACAUCUCUGUUUGAUGAAACUUUGGCUCCCUCUUAGGCUUGUGUUUAAUUGCCCAAAUUCUAACAGGCUUAUUUCUAGCUAUACAUUAUACUUCCGACAUUUCUACAGCAUUCUCAUCAGUUGCCCACAUCUGCCGAGAUGUAAAUUAUGGCUGAUUAAUUCGUAAUAUGCACGCCAACGGGGCCUCUUUCUUCUUUAUUUGUAUUUAUCUUCACAUUGGACGAGGCUUAUAUUACGGUUCGUACCUUUAUAAAGAAACAUGAAACGUAGGUGUUAUCCUUCUUCUCUUAGUUAUAAUAACUGCCUUUGUUGGUUAUGUUCUUCCCUGAGGACAAAUAUCCUUCUGAGGGGCUACCGUUAUUACCAAUCUCCUGUCCGCCGUCCCUUACGUAGGGGAUGCACUAGUACAAUGAAUUUGAGGUGGCUUCUCAGUUGACAAUGCUACAUUAACCCGGUUCUUUGCCUUCCAUUUCCUCCUCCCAUUUGUCGUAGCCGCUGCAACCAUGGUCCACUUAAUCUUUCUACAUGAAACAGGAUCUAAUAAUCCCACAGGCCUGAACUCUGAUGCCGACAAAAUUUCAUUCCACCCUUACUUUUCUUACAAAGAUGUUCUAGGAUUUGCCCUCCUUCUAGCAACCCUAAUUUCUUUAGCAUUAUUCUCCCCCAACCUUCUUGGAGACCCAGAAAAUUUUACCCCAGCUAACCCAUUAGUUACCCCUCCACAUAUUAAACCCGAAUGAUAUUUCCUCUUUGCCUACGCCAUCCUCCGAUCUAUUCCUAACAAACUGGGGGGAGUCUUAGCCCUUCUAGCAUCUAUCCUUAUUCUUAUAGUAGUGCCUAUUCUUCAUACAUCUAAGCAACGAAGCCUAACCUUUCGACCUGUAACUCAAUUCCUAUUUUGACUAUUAGUAGCAGAUGUCGCUAUCCUUACAUGAAUUGGAGGUAUACCUGUAGAACAUCCCUUCGUCAUCAUUGGCCAAGUAGCUUCCUUCCUGUAUUUUUCUCUAUUCCUAUUCCUCUCCCCUGCCGCAGCGUGACUAGAGAAUAAAGUCCUUGGAUGAUAAC